AUGUCAACGUUAUGUGGUUGUGUGUACGCGACCUCUAAGCACGUGGUAGUCAGCGUUUUGUUAUUACAUAAGUUGACGCGGAGGAAAUACGCGCUGGCGCAGCGACCGCUUUGUACACAACCACAAACAUCCAUGAAAACUUGUGAAGCGGGAUCAUCCCUAUUAGACGGCCGAGGAGAUGUAGAGCUUAUGUGUGGAACAACGCCCGGGCCUCGUUACGUUUACUAUAAGCUAUACACCAAAGACGGUGCACUCGAAACUAACCGACCCAUCUACUCCAACGAUCGCUUCAUCAGCCGGGUUUUAUCCAGAUCCGUAGCACCCCCACACACUGCAGGCUCUCUGAAACUACGCCUCCGCAAAAUCGAGGGCUUUGAAGAGGGUGACUUGUAUUUGUCGAUCUCAGAAAAAAGCCACGUGGAAGAUUCAACCCGUCUUUCUCUUCGCAGGCAAGUUGGACCUGGACUGUCUAAGGAUGAUCCCGUGGCUCUGGUUGUGAGCGACCCCGAGAAGCGUCAGUAUUCUCAAGGCAAUUCGCUGAUUGUCUUUCUUCCGUUAGUCUACUAUCGUAUAUACGACCAAGGUGGACAGGCCGUCUCAAAUACCGCUUUCCAUGAAGACGACACAUCUCUGGGUCGCCUGGAGGUCCUCUCUGUUGCACCCCCUCAAACGGUUGCUUCUCUGAAGCGUCGAAUUAUCAAAGUUGAAGGAAUUGUGAACCACGAUUGUGAAUUAUUCGGGGACGAAAGCGGCGAGACUACCAUGAAUGACGAUGAUACCAUUUCCUUUUCCGCUGACAGCUAUCCUUGUAUUUCUGAAGAUGAACCCAUAGCCGUUGUGUACCAAUUACAGAAGCAAUUCGCGGCGCCUCCCCCUCCAACCGGCAACACAAAGCAGCUGAAAGCGACGUCUGGAGCUUCUUUAUUAAUUUCAAUGCUAUACGGCUACAAACUCAUCUGGAAAGGAGGCCUACGUUUUUAUAGAUUCAUCAACUCAGACAAUACAGGUUAUGCGUCUUUAAUCUGA